AUGUCCGAUCAGAAGCACACUUACACACUCCAUUACUUCAAUGUCCGUGGACGUGGAGAACCGAUUCGGCUGAUUUUUGUCUACCAUGAUGUCAAAUACGAAGACCAUCGGAUGGAAGCGGAUGAAUGGUUGACGCAAAAACCAGGUACCAGUUUCACCGAAAAGAAGCUUUAG